UCACACAGUCCAUGGGAAGCUGGCCUCUAAGGGGGUGGUCUGGGCUUGCUAGGAGGGUCUGGGGGCUAAGGAGGAGCUUUGAAAGGGAAAUUCUGGCCCCUGGUCAGUAAAGAGCGAGGUUGGGUUGGUUUCUGUUUCCUCAGUUGGCAGCUCAGCAGGGGCCCUCCUUCGUGAAUGUUCCGGGAAAGCAGUGUCUAUAUGGGGCAGGCACCAAACUGCAGGUGCCAGAGCAGAUUGCAUAAAAGGCCAGGGCCAGUGGGAAGGGGUGUCGCCAGGCCCAGCAUUGCAGUUUCAGUUUGGACAGUGAGCCAAGUAGACACCCAGAGUGAACUGGAGAGGGCUUUCAGCCUCUCUUUUGCUCCCCAUGAUGAUGGGGUAUGAUCGGAGUCCUCAGUUCUGCCUGGUCCUCUUGGUCGUAGGUCUCUCCUCUGGAGGUGUGAGCGCCACUCCAGUGCUUGCAGCCUGGCCGCAGGCCUCCUGCUCUCCGGAAGGAGUAGAGAUCAAAGGCGGCACCUUCCAGCUUCUCCAAGGUGGCCAGGCCCUGGAGUACCUGUGUCCUUCUGGCUUCUACCCGUACCCCGUUCAGACCCGAACCUGCAGAUCCACAGGCUCCUGGAGCACCCUGCAGACCCAAGACCAAAAGAUUGUCAAGAAGGCAGAAUGCAGAGCAAUCCGCUGCCCACGGCCACAGGACUUUGAAAAUGGGGAGUACUGGCCCCGGUCUCCCUACUACAACCUGAGUGACCAGAUUUCUUUUCAAUGCUAUGACGGUUACACUCUCCGGGGCUCUGCUAACCGCACAUGCCAAGAGAAUGGCCGGUGGGAUGGACAAACAGCAAUCUGUGAUGAUGGAGCGGGAUACUGUCCCAACCCUGGCAUUCCCAUUGGCACAAGGAAGGUGGGCAGCCAGUACCGCCUUGAAGACACCGUUACUUAUCACUGUAGCCGGGGACUUGUCCUGCGUGGCUCCCAGCAGCGAAUAUGCCAGGAAGGGGGCUCAUGGAGCGGGACAGAGCCUUCCUGCCAAGAUUCCUUCAUGUAUGACACCCCUCAAGAAGUGGCCGAAGCAUUCCUAUCCUCCCUGACAGAGACCAUAGAAGGAGUUGAUGCUGAAGACGGGCACAGUCCAGGUGAACACCAGCAGAGGAAGAUUGUCCUGGAUCCCUCGGGCUCCAUGAAUAUCUACCUGGUGCUGGAUGGAUCAGAAAGCAUCGGGGCCAGCAACUUCACGGGGGCCAAGCGGUGUCUCGCUAACUUGAUUGAGAAGGUGGCGAGUUAUGGGGUGAGGCCACGAUAUGGUCUAAUAACCUAUGCCACAGUCCCCAAAGUCUUGGUCAGAGUGUCUGAUGAAAAGAGCAGUGAUGCAGACUGGGUCACAGAGAAGCUCAACCAAAUCAGCUAUGAAGACCACAAGCUGAAGUCAGGGACCAACACCAAGAAGGCUCUCCAGGCUGUAUACAGCAUGAUGAGCUGGGCAGAGGAUGUCCCACCCGAAGGCUGGAAUCGAACCCGCCACGUCAUCAUCGUUAUGACCGAUGGCUUGUACAACAUGGGUGGAGACCCUGUCACUGUCAUUGAGGAGAUCCGAGACCUGCUGCACAUUGGCAGGGAUCGCAAGAAUCCCCGGGAAGAUUAUUUGGAUGUCUAUGUGUUUGGGGUCGGGCCUCUGGUGGACUCCGUGAACAUCAAUGCCUUGGCUUCCAAGAAGAACAACGAGCAGCAUGUGUUCAAAGUCAAGGAUAUGGAGGACCUGGAGAAUGUUUUCUUCCAAAUGAUUGAUGAAAGCAAAUCUCUGAGCCUCUGCGGCAUGGUGUGGGAGCACAAGCAAGGCAGUGAUCAUCACAAGCAACCAUGGCAGGCCAAGAUCUCAGUCACUCGCCCUCUGAAAGGACAUGAGAACUGUAUGGGGGCCGUGGUGUCUGAGUACUAUGUGCUGACGGCAGCGCACUGCUUCACGGUAGACGAUCAGAAGCAUUCCAUCAAGGUCAACGUGGGGGGGAAGAGGCAGGACCUGGAGAUCGAAGAGGUCCUAUUUCACCCCAACUACAACAUCAACGGGAAAAAGGCAGACGGAAUCUCUGAGUUCUAUGACUACGAUGUGGCCCUCAUCAAGCUCAAGACCAAGCUGAAGUAUGACCAGACUCUCAGGCCCAUCUGUCUUCCUUGCACGGAGGGAACCACCCGAGCUUUACGGCUUCCUCUGACAGCCACCUGCAAGCAACACAAGGAGGAGCUGCUCCCUAUGAAGGACGUCAAAGCUCUGUUUGUGUCUGAGGAAGCGAAGAAACUGACUCGGAAGGAGGUCUACAUCAAGAAUGGGGACAAGAAAGCCAGCUGUGAGAGAGACGCUCUGAAGGCCCCAGGCUACGACAAAGUCAAGGAUGUCUCUGCGGUGGUCACCCCCAGGUUCCUCUGCACUGGAGGGGUGGAUCCCUAUGCUGACCCCAAUACUUGUAAAGGAGAUUCUGGGGGUCCUCUCAUUGUUCACAAGAGGAGCCGCUUCAUUCAAGUCGGUGUGAUCAGCUGGGGAGUAGUGGAUGUCUGCAAAGAUAAGAGGCGGCAGCAGCUGGUGCCUGCUCAUGCCCGGGACUUCCACGUCAAUCUUUUCCAGGUGCUGCCCUGGCUCAAGGAGAAACUCAAGGAUGAGGAUUUGGGGUUCCUAUGAGGGGCUUUCUGCUGGGAGGGCGUGAGAUCAAUUAAAGCAGCUGCAAUAA